CAGUUUUGCUUUUGCUCUGCCCCCUUCGCUUAUAUACAUGUUGUAUAUAUCUUCGUUUUCGUUUCGUAAACUCAGCUCUACUCUAUACUCUAUAGUUUGCUCUCUAUACUAAAAGCUGUCAGUGUGUCUUGUGCAGUGUUCUACUGUGCUGCCCUGUUAAUCUUCUUCUUCUUCUCUUCUUCACAAUAAUAUUCUCUGCGUGGUAAAUCCAGUAUCACCACAUUUUUUUUUUCCUAAAUGCCCUACGUUUUCAUUUUUAAAAAAAUAACAAACCAGUUUUCUCUUAAAUGCAAUUUUGUUUCUUAUUUUGCAACAAAAAAAUCUCUUCAUUUCUUUGCGGAUAAAAUGGAAAAAAUUUCACAUCAAAAGUGCAAUGACAAUAUAAAGGAUAAUUAUUAAUUUUCAUAUACUCUAUACGAUUGCAACUAAUACUUGACGAAAAAAAUCGUCAUGGCUGUUGACAAUCCCUCGUACUUCUCGCUAUCGAGCGGGGGUACAACAACUGAUCCCAGCACUGCACCAUCUUUUGUCAAUUCUGGAUUGACCUCAAGAGGUUUCAGCUCAUUCUUCCGUAGGAAAAAUUGCAAAAUGGGAUCAACAUCAUCGGCCAGUGUCACGUCAGCAUCAACAACAUCGACAUUGAUGCGUCACGACAGCAAUAGAAGUAGUAAUUCCGGUUUCUCAGUUCCGUCCACACCGACCGAGGAACGUGUUCCAAUGUUGUCACGUCAAAACAAUGGUAGUCAUCAGCGAUUGAAUUUUAGAAAUUUAUUUCGUUCGGUGAGUGCAAAUCAUGCGGAUCACGAGAGGACACAACAAUUUUUAAAGGGUGAUCCAAGACCAUCGGAUGUUGCACCACCAUCGCCGUAUCUACCUCACAGAUCGCAUUCUCAUUCGGAGAAUGAUCGACGAAGACCCAGAAGACGUGUUUUAAAAUCGGCUAGUGAACUAUUGAGUAAUGAUAUGGUGUAUUGUGGUCUCUCAGGUGAAGACGUUGUCGAUGGAAGGAAUAUCGAUAACGAACAGGAUAAUUCUGGUGAAGUGUUUCUUGGUGUUGAUGAUGCGAGGUACUAUAAUUUAUCGUCAACAUUGCCGACUGGGGGACAAGCCGAGAGAAGGAGGCAUUCUAUAGGAACAUUUUUAGCUAAGGAAAAAAGUGUACAUAAUAGUGGUGUGUGCUUUGGAAGAAGAAAAACACAAGAGUCGGAAAUACUUAUCGAACCAAGUGUAAUGGCGCCACCAAUUCCCACUAGUGAGGUGAAGAAACGACGAACCAAUUCGAAAACAAAACGAAGAAGACAAAGGAUCUCAGGAAAAGGAACUCGUCAUGGGUUGGUAACGACACCAAAGGAAGAAACAACAGUUGAAGAUGAUGUUGUGAUAAUUUCUAGUCGGGAGAGUGAAGCGGCAACAUUAUGGGUCAAUUAUCUCACGGGAAGUUUUGAACAAAUUAGCAGGCAACAAGGACGACCACCUUUCAGAGUGCGGCAUGUGACAGUGGAGGAUUCAUUGUCAGCAAGCACAGAGGAUAGGUUGAAAUCUUCACGUUUGCAAAUUGUCGUCAUUUGUCCGUUUCUUUUGAAACGUAUUUUAACGCGACCCGAACAGGCAAUGAAUCUUUCCAGGCAUCUGAUGCCGGAUAAAGUUUUGGCAAUGAUGCUUGGUGUACAGGAGGAUCAUCUCACAUCUUGUCACAAGUCGGCUUUAAUUUCAUUUCAAAAUUGGAAAAAAUUCCCCGUCAAGGAUCAAGAUGAGGAUUUUGUUUGUCAAUUUUUUGGUGCUGUUUUUGCCAUUCUAGGCACUGCUCCACCGACAACAUUAAAGAAUGACAAAAUUGCCUUUACGAUUCAUCCGAAGAAAGUGAAACUGGGUCAUAGUAAAGUGAUCGCCCUUUUGAACGAUCCAUUGAGAGUGGAAGAUAAUGUUACAAUAAUUGUCGAUCGCUGUGGUGAUGCGAUUGAAGUGGGAAACGUAAAGAGGCGAAAUCCUUAUUCACUGCAAUUUUCUAUUCCAGAAAAGUGUUUAGAAAAAUCGAUGCUAGUUGGAGUAAAAAUCUUGAAAAAUGGUAGUCCUCUAGGAAUUCGUCAAAUCAAGUGCGAAAGUCGAUUGAGAGAAUUGGAUCAAAUAUUAAGAGCACACGAUAAUCCUUUAGAGUUCAUGUGUCAGACAAUAGGUUUCAGUCCGGGAGAUCGGGAACAAUUGGAUAACUGGAUGGUCCAUGCCUUUCGGAGGAAUUUACCGCCACAAUUUAAUCUUCUCUCAACUCCCAGUGGAACGAUUCCAGCUGCCAAGAAUUAUACAAGUCCGGAUGAGUAUCCAACCUUGUUGCAUUUUGCGGCACGAUUUGGUCUCGAGAAAUUGGCAUUCCAACUUUUGGAGAGUCCUGGUGGAGAACAGGCAUCGGACAUUAAAAAUGUUUCGGAAUUAAGUCCAGCGGAUUUAGCUGAACAAGCGGGUCACACUCGAUUGGCUCAUCAACUUCGCAGCUACAUGCAAAUGAAUGAGUUCACCAACAUUUAUAGUUAUCUGAAAAUCAUGAGCGAAACACCAGUCGAAGAAACAGGAAAUGAAAGUGUAUCGCCUUUUUUGCGAAACGGUGAUAAAGAGGAUUAUUGUCGUCCGCGACCAAUUAGCGAGGCUUAUUCAGUUCCGCCUACUGCAAGACCAAUUACUACAUCAUCGACAAGUUUCACAACACCUCCUGAAUUACCACCGCCAAAUCCCACAAUUAAUUCCCCAAUUGAAGGAAAUUAUUCUAUAGCACCAUCACCAAUUCCGAUUACAGUACCAUCAACUCCAACCUCGACACAUCAUUUUAAUGAAUUGGAUCAAACAUUUGCUGGAUAUUUACAAAUGCAUCCAGCUGGUUCGAGGACACCAAUGUUGUCCAGUACACCGUCAUCGUCCCGCUUAACUUUACAAUCGUCACGUCAAGAUUGUUCGUCGGCGGGAAUUCGUGAAGAAUUUCAUUACGAUAAAUCGCCAUCUAGCUCGAAUUCAAGAGAAAAUUCGGGACCACAAGAUGAAUUAUUGGAGAUUUUAAAUGAUUUCAAAAAUAAUGUCUUCACGAUAUCGGAACUCGAGAGACUUGUUGAUAAUUGGAAGAAUCGAAAUGACGUUCAACAGAGUUUCAAGGAUAAACAACGACAAUUGACUGCAAUGAGAGAGGAGUACGAGAGAAUUCAAAAGAAAAUAAAGGAUGAUAUGAAAGCACCAACACCUUUUGAUAGAAUUCGGAAAUUAUUUUCGAAAGGAAAGAAAGAUUCCUCGAAAGACACUUCUCACGCUAAUGAUGAUUCAUCAUCGACCAGUAAAAUUGAAAACAUCAAUGGAACGCUAGCUGAACGAAGACCGGUCAGCAGUUUAAGUCUUCAUAGCGUUUCAAGUUCCUCGUCUUCUGGGCGAAUGAGUACAGUUAGUGGCUGCAGUGGAACAAGUCUUGGAGAUAGUGGCACUCAUUCUGACACUGAAGACAGAAGGAUACAAAAUACGAGGGAGGAUAAAUCAGGCAUGAUGUCUUAUGAAAUUCCACCUGCACCAAAACCAUUUACUGGAAGGUACUCUCCUGCACGUUAUACACCAUCGCCUCGUGCUCCAAUUAACAAUGAAGUCGAAUUUCGAAAUCCUCAAAAUAGCGAACAUUACAUCGCUUUUCCACCAUCUGGUCUACCAGUUCACUCUUUCAAAGCAGACGGAUCAUUAAGGGAUCUAAAAAUGUCAAGUUCCCCAAUUGAAGACUCAGAUUAUCUCGAUCUAGAUGAACCCAAAAAAUCGCACAGUUACGCAAAUUUGAAUCCAUCCGCAAUAUCAGUCCCACUUCCUCCUCCUCCACCACCACCAGGAAUGUGUAUUCCCUUCGAGUACAUGAACAUUACACCAUCGACUCCAAAAACGCCUUUGGAAAAUAAAAUCGACACAAAGCACACAAUAACUCCAAUUGAUCAUGAAGUAUGUACAAAAAAUAUUGAAACCAUAAACGAAAACAAUUUCAUCACCAAAGAUUUUGACAAAAUUGAAAAUAAAGAAACUGAUUUACAAACACAAAAAAUUGAAGAGUCGCUAAAUAUGGAAAAAGAAUUGAAGACCACUAUCGAUAUUGAACUCAAAGAAAGUGCAAAAAAUCUGCAAGAGAAUAUGGAAGGGAAAUUAGAGGAGAUUUCCAUAGAUGUUGUCGAUGGAGUAUCAAAUGCGGAUGCUCAUGAUUACAUGAACAUUCAACCGGGAAAUGAAGGUGUUCAAGUUGUAGGAGUGGUACAGAAAAAAAUCGCACCACCUGUUCCUCCACGAUUUACUCCAAUGAGAAAAUAAGCAAAAUGGAACUACAAUUUCGAAUUGUUAUCUCCUACAGCAGUUAUGUAAAUAAUAAAAAUAUAAAGUUCAAUUGUAUUAGGCAGAUAUUAAGUUAAUUUUAAUAUGAAUGCGCUUCGUAUUUGUGCAUCUAAUAAAAAGAAAUCUUUAAUUCUGCUAAACGACUUUAAUACAGACACUAUUUUCAGAAAUCGAAUAUAUUUUAACUAUUAAUAAUUACCCAAAUGGGACAGAAUAUUGCAGCAGUAUUAUGACAAUCAAGAAGUAAUAUAAGGAUGAGUCGAAUUUCUGUAUCGAAAAGAUGUGCCUAAUUCUCUUCUGCUUGCAAGAAAUUAGGCACAUCUUUUGGGAUCUCUUGUACUGCGAGACGCUCUCUGUUGAAAAUUUUUGUAACCAUUGAGAUUAGAUCGUUUUGUCUAAUUCUAAUUUUUGAUCAGCUUCCACCAAUCAGUGUAGCUUUUUAACGGGGUGUCGAAAAAUGGUACUACAGUGACGAGUCCCGUCUUAUUGAGGAACCGUUUUAGUUCCUAAUCUCAGCACAGUGAAGAAGGCGUCGAAUGGCAUUAGUAAUGUGUGCCUUUUUCUAAAAAUGUGUUCAAAACCUAGUAUCUCUUGAAGAAAUUAACGAAAUUGAAUGGUUCUUGGACGACAAUAAAGCUUAAUAAAUGCAGAAUACAGGAAAAUUAUACAAAAACGAGGUUAACAAAUUUUAAGGUUAAUAAUCAGCGUCAAAAGUCAGAAAUUUCAUCAAAAAUAUCACAAAUUUUAGUCUGUAAACCAGAAAAAUGGCUUAAAUUAGGUAAUAUUACUUAUUUUGAAGUUUUUUGGGUCGCUAUAAUUACGAAUCUGAAGUCCGAUUUUAAUCAUUUAAUAU